AUGGACUCGGCCUCUUCUGGCCUCUCUCCUUCGUCUUCGCAGCACUACUUUUCUACUCUCGACUUUCUGUCCUUAGCUGGCAUCGACGGGUCCGCUGAGGCCCAGUCCGCCGGACGUCAUUACGGCCACGACGACGACGCACCCCUCGACGACCCCAGCCCCAUCACUCUGGAGUCACGCACGUCUUCGGGACCCGGACAUUCGCGCAAUCCUUCCUCGCCUGCUUCCUUCAAGGACAGGAAGGCUGCUGCCGCCAUGGACGUCGACAAUCAUUCUCAUACACACACGCCUGGCGCCAGCCAGACAGCCAAGGCUCACUCCUCGGGACAUGCUACGCCUGCUGAUGAGUUGAACAACCCGGUAGAGGCUGGCUCAUCCUCUUACGACGCCAUGCAGGCCGGAAUGCUCCAACAUCAGAUCCACAUGCAGUCGCCCAUGGUCGGAGCGACGAACCCAACGUCACCGUACACCAACAUGGCCUCCAUGUUCCUCACCUCGCCACCCAGCCAGCAGAGUGCGAUGCCCCACUCGGAGGGCUCCAGCUCGCAACAGUCCCAAAGUCAGUCCGAGCUCGCUCGCUCUCAUUACCAGCGCAAGUACAAUGCCGCAGCGGACGCGUUCGGAGGCAUCCUCACGCCUGGACCGAGCGGUGAUCUCGUUCCCGACGUCCGAAUGGACCUCAUGAGUCCGAUGCAGCUGGAGAUGCUCGCUCGUGGCGAGAUCGACAUGGAGAAUUUCCACACUGUCCCGUUAUUGUCACCUGCUCUGUCGGGACACUCCAGUUACGCCUCGCCCAUGGUGCAGGCGGCCUACGGCGGCAACGCCAACCACCAUGCCCUGCAGCAGCUCCAGCACCAGCAGCGACACUUCCAGGAGCAGUUACAGCUGUUACAGGAGCAGCAGAAGCAGUUGCAAGCCACUGCGGCUGCCGUCGCCGCCGCUACUGGCUCACCUUACCUAAUGCCCCAGGGAUCCUCGUCCUCGGGUCAGCAGGGCCAGAACCAAAACCAGGGCCAGUCAAGAAGUCAGAACGGCCACCACUCGCAGCACUCGGGCGGAGGGGCUGUCUCGACCCCUUCCCCCGGCAGCUACUUCUCGCCGCUCACGUCGCCGGCGCUCGAGCCCGCGGUCAGCCGAAGUGCUGCGCUGCGAGCUGCCGCUGCGCAUUUGUCACCGGCGAUGCACGGCUCUAACCAGCGGGCACCCCACAGUCUCUCGGCGCUCAGCUCGCCGGCUCUGAACCCCGUUGGCUCGCUCGGCGGAGCGCAGCAGACACUGUCUCCCGCUCUCGAGCCACAGGGUAACAACGAUCUCGCCGACCCCGAGUACCUUAACGCGUUACAGGGUCUGCUCGACAGCAACAACAGCAACACUAGCGCAAGCAGCGACCAGCGGGAGUACCAGUCACCGAUGCUUGGCCCGAGCAGCAGUGGCAGCACCGGCCCGCACCGUAGCCUGCCCGCCAAGUCCCGACCAUCGCCGAUGAUGAAGCCGACACACCGUCACCGGCAGGCGAACUCCGGAUCGCUGCCUUCUUCGCCGAUGGCGUUCAAGGUGCCGCAGGGCGGCGUCGGUUUCCUCCCACCAGCCGCAAUCGACCAGCGACACCACCAGCCGCAGGGACCCCCGUCAAAUACGCCGAGUCCCGUGGACCUCGCUCAGAUCAUGCCACCGCCACCAGUGCCUGCGCCCUCGCGACCCAAGUCGCUCAUGCCGAUGACGCCUGCAUCGCUCAUGAAUUUAAAAAGCGAGGCGCAAUCCUCGUCUGGACCCUCGUCGUCUGCCCCUCAGCCGGAACCCGAGGCGGAGGCUGGCGCAUCCAAGCUUCCCGCCCGCGCGGCUAAGAAGGCUGCGGCCCCGAAGCGUGGCAGCCGCCUCGUCCCCACGCCGCCGAAGCGUGCUCUCGCGAUCCGGCCACCGGGCGGGGGUGCGCGCAAGGCUGCCGCCACGCCCGCAACGGAGCCGGAGAACCGACGGACGUCGCACAAGGCUGCGGAGCAGAAGCGACGAGACUCGCUGAAGGCUGGCUUUGACGAACUUCGCCUGCUUCUCCCGCCGAUCAACACGGAGGCGCUGGAUCCAGAGACGGGCGAGCCGAUCCCUGGUUCAUCUGCGCCGCGACUCUUGCCCAAGUCCUCGCUCGUUCCAGACGACAACCCGAACCGCGGAGUCAGUAAGGUCGCGCUGCUCAAGUUUUCGAACGAGUACAUCAUGCGCCUGCAUGGCAAGCUCGACAAGCGCGAUGCGUACAUCGAGAAGCUGCGCGCCGAGGUCGAGCGACUCCGCGAGGGCGGCGCCGAGGAGGUCAAGGGUGACGAGGGCGAGGACCUCCUCGAGAUGGACAUGACGAUCGGCGAGGAGGAGGACGAAGACGAGGAGGGCAUGGAGGUCGAGCCCGAGAUCGAGGAGCGGCCGAAGCGCAGGGGGUCGGCUCGCAAACUGGCUGCGUGA